UUUUGCAGCAGAAUGCAGCCAUCUAAAAGCAUGAUGGAUUAUAUAAUGGAAUUAAAUAGAUUGUUUCCGAAAACUACUGAAAAUGAAAUGCAUACACCAACAACUACAUUCCAAUCACGAUUCGGACAGCCCACACCAAACUACUCUUCAAGCUCAACUGACUCUUUCUCCCCUGAGUCUUUUCCGGAGAUCUCAUUCCGUCCUCCAGAGUACAGAUCAGAAACACCCUUCGCCAUCGCCAGAAGACCAAUAGUUGGCCGGAAGAUCUUAGGGAACCCGGAACAGAAGCCUAUAGAACGAUCGAGCUACGAAGAGAGACUCAGUCUUGAGCCAUCUCCGAUCAGGCAUUGGAGGGAGCAGACUCCACCUAGAGCUAUUGCUAUUGAGCAAAAGAACUUAAUGAAGAGUUUCUACGAAUUGUUCCCUGGAGACAACAGAGGUUUUGAGUUCAAGACGCCGCUGAAAACUUCACCGUCGGUGUAUUCAAAUGUAUCACCAGCAUCACCUAUGUCUCAACAUUCUCCAUCAAACUUCAACAUGUUUACGUACCCGAGGUUGAAUUUGGCGAACUCUCCAACACUAACUAACAUUAAUUUAGGGGCGAGCACAUCACGAUUCCCAGAGGUGUCACAGAAAAUGUGUUCCUUCUGCCGGAAGAAUGGAGAGAGGCCAUCGGUGUACAUGACACACUGUGUCAAGGAGAAGAGAGGCAACAGGAACGUCGUCACAUGUCCGAUAUUGAGGUCUCAUGUGUGCUCUACCUGCGGAGUGUCUGGGGACAAUGCUCAUACCAUCACGUACUGCCCAGUGCUCCGCAGCACCAACAACGGCGUGCCUCUGAAGUCAACCACCAUCUACCUCAAGAACACUCGCGUCAAGAGCAACGGUAGGAAGCGCUACUAA